CACGAACUAUAUUCUACUGCUGCGGAUACAUAUAUCAGGUGCUCUUCGGAACAAAUAUGUCUAAGUUAGAAAUUGAGAUUUCAUCCCUCUUAUUGAAGGAACACUUUGGUGAUAUUGUUCAAAAAGUAGGCACAGUGUUACUUCGUAAACGACAGCUUCCCUUAGGAGUGAUAGGUAAAGAAUGUGGGCUCAAAAUUGACCAGGUGAAAAAAGGUCUGUGUUCACUCAUACAGCAUAACAUGGUGACAUUUGAGUUACAUAAACGAGGCUUUGUAGAAUACGAAAUACGUACAGGUGUACCAUUGCUAUUGCUAAGGUACCCUAGAUACAUCUAUGCAAGCAAGACACUGUAUGGUGAUGCAGCUGAACUGAUCAUAGAGGAGAUACUACAUCAUGGACAAAUUAAUAUGUCAUCAGUUGUUGAUAAAGUCACAAAUAGACUGAAUGAAGCAAUGAAAGUGCAAAAGGAGGCAGCAAUAUCAAAGGAUGAUGUAGUGAGUAAAUUUAAAGCUUUGGCAGAAACCCAGUUCAUAAAACGUUGUCCAGAGAUGAGUGACUCUAAUGAAAAUGAUAGUGCUAUACCUAAAAUGGAAAUAGACACUGAGAGAAUGUACAAAGUGCCAAGACUCAAUGAUGCUCAAAUUAAAUCUGAGAGAGAGAAUUCCAGUUCACAGUCAAAUGAGAGAAAACGCAAAAUACCGAAAGAUCGAAGUAAGUCUCCAGAACCACCUGAUGCAGGAAUAUAUUGGCAUUUAAACUUCCAGAGAUUUCACACCCUCUUCAGGGACCAAGAACUUAUCAGUGCAGUCGCCAAUAAACUAGAUAAGGAAGCAUCUGAAGUAUUGCGCUCAAUGUUAAGAAUUGAUGUGAGUGACCCUGCCUCUCCAGUAUCUCAACCACUCUCUAGUCAUGAGAUUUAUCACCAGUUCCCUAAGAAUAUAAAGCUUACAAAGCAAGCAAUGGACCAGUAUCUCACUCUGCUAACUGAGGAUUCCACAGGGUUUGUGCGCAGAGUUGGUGACAUGGGAGGUGGCACAUAUGUCAUUGAUUAUAAAGAUGCAUUGAAAAAUCUGGCAGUGGCACACAUUGAGUGUGUUGUUAGGGAGAGGUUCGGUUCUAAAAGUUUACGAAUAUUUAGACUAUUGCUCAUGAAAAAACAGCUUGAGCAAAAACAGAUUGAAGAAUUUGCGCUGAUCCCAGCAAAGGAAGCCAAGGAAAUGUUAUACAAGAUGUUCGAAGAAGACUUCGUAACUGUCACAGAAGUAUCAAAGACAGCGGACCACGCACCUUCUAGAACUUUCUACCUCUUCUCAGUUAACAUCACACAGGUCAGCCGUAAACUUCUGGAUCAGUCAUUUCAGGCUUUAUGCCGAUUAAUUCAACGCAGGGAAUAUGAAACUAAGGAGCAUCGUCGUCUGUUGGAUAAACAACAGAAAGUGGAGGCAAUCUCAGCAUCACUGACUGGAGCUGAUGAAGAACAGAGGGCAGAAAUUGAGGACACGAUUACUCCACCUGAACGAGAACAGAUUGACAAAGUAAAAAAUAUGACCAAAAAAUUGGAGAUGAGUGAAUUACAAGUUGAUGAGACAAUAUUUAUUCUACAGAUGUAUCUUUUGUAUGCCAAAACCACUUGACCCCAGACACGAUAAACACUAGUAUUUGGAUUAUUUUUGAGUCACAUUUAUUUGGAGUUGGACAAUAAAAGGAGGAAAACUAUCAAAAAAGCUGCAAUUUUUUAUUAAUAGACAACAGUGUUUCAAUGUUAUUGCAAUAUAUUUGCAACUUUACAGUAAUUUAACAAUUUGGUAAGUUUAUAUGUCACCAGCAGAAAGGGUGACAUAUUGUUAUUGUAACUUUUUUGUGGACAGUGUUCA